AUGUCUGCAGUUCGGCCUGGUAGACGGAAAGCAAAAUUAAUUGACUUGGAUGAUUCAGAUGAUAAUGAUAAGAAAGAAAAUAAAGCCGAUGUCAUAAAGAAAUUAAAUGCGAAGAAAGAACUGAAAAGAGAUGAAUAUGUGUUUGAUAAAGAAGACUACCUUCUUAAAAGAUCUGUUAAGAAGGUUUUGAUUGGAAAACAUGCAUACACGUUGAAUAAACUGUCCGAUGACGAGGAUGAAAAAGAGGAAGAAAAAGAGUUUGUCGGCCAUAAAAAAUUGAAGCAUCUUCAAAAAUCGAAGCCUCUUCAAAAAUCAUCAUCUUUAUUAUUGCAAGAAAAAAAAGAGGAAGAAAAAGAGUUAAUCGGCCAUAAAAAAUUGAAGCAUCUUCAAAAAUCAAAGCCUCUUCAAAGAUCGAAGCCUCUUCAAAGAUCAUCAUCCUUAUUAUUGCAAGAAAAAAAAGAGGAAGAAAAAGAGUUUGUCGGCCAUAAAAAAUUGAAGCAUCUUCAAAAAUCGAAGCCUCUUCAAAGAUCAAAGUCUCUUCAAAGAUCAUCAUCCUUAUUAUUGCAAGAAAAAUAUGAGGAACACAACACCGAACAAUUUAAAAGGUUGUUUUUUGAUUAUAAAAGGCAAAAGAAAAAACCACGCCGUCGUAUCAAAAAAAAGAAAAAGAAACAAGCAAACUUGGAAGAUGAGCUUAAUACUGACAGAAUUUUACAGCAAAAAAUUUUGCAAGAAAAUUUAGUGCGGGAUUCUGACAGCGCAUCUGAGCCUACGCCAGUUCCUAUAGAUCUAUUAGCAAUGAAACAUUCGAGACCAUUGAAAGACAUCAGAAAAGAAAUAAAAAAACUUACAGACGAACCCGAAGAAGUAGUAAAAGAAGAAAUUCCAAAACCCGUUAAGAAAGAAAAAGUAAAAAAACCACCAAAAGAAAAAAAAACUGAAAAGAAACCAUUCCUAAAAUUUUUUCAACCUAAGCCUAAAACAGACAAAGAGCUGCCGGCACCGGAUCUCGACGAAGAUAAUAACAUAAGGAUUACACAAGCUUUCUUCGAGUUAAUAAACAAGCUGUACGAUAGCGAUGUACAUGUGGGGAGUUUCGAAACAAUGUCAAUACAUUCAGAAAGUUUACGCAACAUAGGCAAAAGAGCAGGUAGAUCAAAAUGGAGUUUGACAGGAAAGAGAAAUAUGAAACUGAUGGAAGAAGUUGUUCUGCAUGCUGACGAUCUCAUCCAUCCUAUAGGAGAGUCAACUGAUUUGUUUUUACCGAAAUUGAAAAAGGAGUCAUCUGAUUUGUUUUCACCAAAAUUGAAAAAGGAGUCAUCUGAUUUGUUUUCACCAAAAUCGAAAUUGAAAAAGGGAUCAUCUGAAUUAUUUUCACCAAAAUCAAGCCUGAAAAAGGAACCUUCUGAUUUAUUUUUUCUUCCCCUCAAAUUACUUAAAAAGGAAUCUUCUGAUUUAUUUAUUCCCGCAAAAAAACAUAAAAAAUCAAAAAGACAUUCACGUCGCUCAAAGUCUUCAGUGACUCAGGCCACGUUGAAGCCUGGUUCAUCUACAUCAAUAGUUAGGACAAAAAAAUCAAAAGAAGAAAUAAAAACUGAAAAGAUGUUUCCUUUCAUCGAGAGGAAGUUAGGUUCAGUUAAGUCCGCCAAGUUUAUGAAAUAUUUGAUCCAUAGAAUACCUAAACCUCACCCGUCGGGAUUUUCUUUCUCUGGUUUUUGUGUGCACUGCAAUAAUUUACACCCUCCUUUAAAAUUGCCAUGUCUUGAAAUGAGAAGAUCGCUGCCCAGUUUUCGAAAAAGAUCCAAAAAAGCCUGCUGCAAGAGGAAGUGUUUCGGUUACUUGAAAAUUCCUCAUCCCUCUGGAAUGACCUUCGCAGAUUUCCAAUUUAAAUAUUAA